ACAAACUUUGGAUGUGCUAAAGUGCAGACUUGAUUUUGAAUGUGUGAGAGGACGUAAGAACUGUCUGACACUAAGGGGAAGGUAUAUAUAUAGUUGACCAUGAGUCCCGACCACAUGCUGAGGACCAGUUGUCUGAUCAAAACCUUUUGAUCUCAGAGGUUCAUUUGUCGUGCAACAUUUUCAGAUUCUGAAGAUUGUUUUGCUGACUGCAGCGAUGAAGGGAAGCAAGAUGAUCUUUGCUCCGCUGUGUUUCCUGUUUUGUUGGAUGCUGCCUGUAGACUCCAUGACAAUCCGUUUCAACUUUACUGUACGAGAUUUCAAUCCAACCAUCCCACUGAGCAUGGUUGAAGAUUCAGUUGAUGACAUGUACUUCGGCUGCAAUACAAAAAUGAUGAAAACGGUCAAAGACAAAUACUUUGAGGAAGAAAGGUACAUUCAACCAUUUUCAGAUGUCUGGAAGAAUACAGAAAAAUGUGCUCAAAAGAAUGUGAAACAUAGCAAGGACAAGGCUCUGACCAAAGAGCACAUGCACGCAAUCUGUGCUUAUACAGCUGACAAUUUGAAGCAGUCUGGAAACUCUACGGUUGACAGUUUGUACCGGCAGUUUAAUGAAGCAGUCCGGGAACAGGGGCACCUCUAUGGCUCCUCCCAGUUCCAGUUCCACACUUUGCAUUUCUGGCUGACAUCUGCCAUACAGAUCUUGAAUAGCAAUUACAACUGUCACAAUACUUACAGACGAACUAGUGUUAAAUUCACUGGCAAAGUUAACCAAAUCAUUCGGUUUGGUUUCUUUGCUUCCAGCUCUUACAAGACAGUCUUAACCAACUUUGGUAGCGAGACCUGUUUUAAAAUUAAGACCUGUUCAGGUGCUUAUUUGAAAAAAUAUUCAUUUUUUGAUGACAAAGAGGCAGAAGUGCUCAUACCCCCCUAUGAGAUGUUCAAAAUAACUGAGAUAAUUAAUGGCCAGGUGAAAAUUCAAGGUCUGACUGAUUGUAAAGCUGUCUAUGUCUUAGAGAGUGCAGGAGGUAAGAGCAGUCUGAACUGCAAACUUACAUUCUGACCUGUUUAAACUUUGUAACUUUCCUCUCAUAACUGAAUGAAUUGGAGGACAUAUACUUAAACAUUCUCUGCAAUCCAAUUUAACUUCAGUCUUGGGGUUUGUUUGUUCGAUCAUUGUGGACUUAUGACACACCUGCCCAGAAUCGAUUAUUGUGUACACACAUUUUACUGCUGGUAGUCAUUAAACUGAUUAAUGCAAUAAUUAUGGUUGUGUGGUUUCAUUCCCAUGUGUAAUGUUUCACCCACUUACACUUAAAUUCAAAACCUAAAGCUGAAAUUUAAGUUUCAGCAUCACAAUGAGAUGGAGAUGCUGCUGAUGAAGUUCUUAACUGACUGUGACCUAACUGAAAAUAGACUAAGGCAAAUAAAAAAUAGAGGAAUAGUAACACAAAAGAAGUAUGUGGAAACAUUUUCAAAUGUCUGGAACCAGCCAGGAGCACGUAAGGUAUCAGAUCGGUUCUGUUUCUUUGUAUGCAUGAUGAUGAUGAUAUCAGUCAGUGUAAUUUUUGCUGGUUUGGAUUCAAAUUGCUGCUGCUGCUGGAUGAAAACAUCAUGGGAGAGUUGUUUCAUCUUCAUUAUUUUUAAUGACAUACAGUAGACUUGUGAUGCUGGUCACCUGGUCUUUAUCAAGAGGAGUGUGCUGUAAGCACACAGUAAGCACAAGAAACAACUGGAGUCAUGGCCUGCUUCUAAUCACACACUGUAUCAGAAUCGGAAUUCCUUUAUUUAUAAUUCUUUAAAUUCUUUGUAUAUCUCUAAUCUGGUCUUUCAUUUCAUUUUCUGUUGGUUUUCAUGCAAAUAUUUGUAUAUGUAUUUUGUGAAAUUAAAAAAAAUAAAUAAAAUUUGGUG